UGUGUGACGGUGCGUGAGAGCUGACCAUGGCCCUUUGCAGCGAUGGAUGCCAGGAGCUCUGAGGAUGCGCAGGACUUCUCCCCGUCGCCACGGAACCUGGCGGCCUAUGCACGCCUACAGGAUGGCGUUUUGUCGGAGAGGAGCCCGGCAUUCAGUGCCACAGCUACACCUUGUAGUAGUGUGCCCUGGGGUGCUACACCCUGCAGCGCCCAUGCGACGCCCUGCAGCGCGCGCCUCGCAGAUCACUCCCUGCCCAGCUCGCCACGCGGGACGCGGACGCGUGGCAUCCAUUUGGCGCCUUACCACGGGCCAGCCAGUGUCGAGGUGCCGGCGGCGCAUUCCGUGGUGAAGGAGGCCGCACCACCCAGCAUCACGCAGCGGAAGGUGGAGCAGCACACCUCGCCCGCGCACAUCAUUCAGCACCGCGGGGAAACCUUAGUCGAGGAACACUUGAAGCAGGAGUUUGUCGAUGUGCCAGUGAUCACUGAGGAGGUGCGUUUCCUGGACAUUCCGGACAUCCGCGAAGUGGAGAAGAUCGAGGAAGUGCCUCAGGUGGUGCCAGUGCCCUACGAGCACCUCGUGGAAGAGAUCGUGAAAGUCCCCAGGUCGACCUGGAGGGACGACCAGGCGAACAGGGAACUCCGACAGGAAGCCGUAGGUGUCCGAAACAAGGGUGACCAAAGAGGAGCGCCUGGUGCAACGUCCCGCCCUUCGAUCCGCAGAGCUCCAAACGCCUUCAGACUCCGGGCCCGAAGCAACACUUUUUCAGGGCAUCCAGGCAAACCGAUACUAGAGCUAGUAGAUACGAUGUCGCUGGUAUAACCAGUGGUUCCCCUCGACUCAAACCGACUACUCUGCCCUGGGAUCCGCUACUCAUGGCAUCUCCUUUCCGCUGCCUGGGAACCGCUGGGUUCGGAGUCUUCGAGCAGUGAGGAAGGGUUGCUUCGCUUCGCCGCUUCGC